GGCUGCGGUCUCUUUUGCUCGCUGUGACAGCAAAGGGUCACAGUAGAAACCACAAGCUGGGACUUACCAGGUGGCCUCUGAUCUUCCUCUCUUCUUUUUACCACCUUUCCUGUCUUUGUCUUCUCAUUUUUCCUAGGAAGAGUCAAUUUCACUGACAGCGUCUUGGACAGCUCUGAGACAACCUAUUUCUGAGGAGGCGAGCUCUUGGCUGUAAUAUUUCAUUGCAGUCAUGGCACCUAAGAAGAAGAACGUGAAGAAGAACAAAGCAGCAGGUAUCAGUGAAAUGACUAUCAUUGUGGAAGAUGGCCCCCUCAGCAAACUAAAUGGAUUGAAUGGACUCCUGGAUGGAGGCAAUGGUUUCAGCUGCGUCUCGUCUGAAGUUUCUGACCCGUCAUACAGCCCAAACCUCUUGGAAGGUCUAAGCAGAAUGAGACUAGAGAAUUUUCUUUGUGACUUGACUAUCAGUACCAAAACCAAAUCUUUCAGUGUUCAUAAGGUGGUGAUGGCUUCAAUCAGUGACUACUUUCACAACAUCUUAAAGAAAGAUCCGUCCACUCAGAGAGUAGACCUCAAUGAUGUAUCUCCAUUGGGUCUGGCUACUGUUAUCACCUAUGCUUACACUGGAAAGCUCACUCUCUCACUUUAUACGAUAGGUAGUAUUAUUUCCACAGCCAUUUAUCUUCAGAUUCACACCCUUGUAAAGAUGUGCUGUGAUUUUCUAACCCAAGAAAUCAGUGUUGAGAAUUGUAUGUACAUUGCCAAUAUUGCAGAAACGUAUGGACUGAAAACAACCAAGGAAGCUGCACACAAAUUUAUUAGAGACAACUUCAUUGAAUUUUCAGAAACAGAUCAGUUCUUAAAACUUACUUUUGAUCAGAUUAAUGAACUUCUUGCAGAUGAUGACUUGCAGUUGCCUUCUGAAAUUGUUGCAUUCCAGAUUGCAAUAAAAUGGCUGGAAUUUGACCAAAAAAGAGUAAAGUUUGCUGCUGAUCUCUUAGGUAACAUUCGUUUUGGUACUAUCUCAGCUCAAGACCUUGUCAAUUAUGUCCAAACUGUUCCAAGAAUGAUGCAAGAUGCAGAUUGCCAUAAGCUCCUGGUAGAUGCCAUGAACUAUCACUUGCUUCCCUAUCAUCAGAAUACACUUCAGUCUAGAAGAACAAGAAUUCGUGGAGGUUUCAGAGUGCUAGUUACCGUUGGGGGACGCCCUGCUCUAACAGAGAAGUCUCUCAGCAGAGACAUCUUAUACAGAGAUCCUGAAAAUGGAUGGAAGAAGCUUAGUGAAAUGCCCGCUAAAAGUUUUAACCAGUGCGUGACGGUGAUGGAUGGAUUUCUUUACGUGGCCGGCGGGGAAGACCAGAAUGAUGCCAGGAACCAAGCCAAGCAUGCGGUCAGCAAUUUCUGCAGAUACGAUCCUCGUUUCAACACCUGGAUUCACCUGGCAAAUAUGAAUCAGAAGCGUACCCACUUCAGCCUGAAUGUGUUCAAUGGCCUCCUGUUUGCAGUGGGCGGUCGCAACUUGGAGGGUUGUCUCUCCUCGAUGGAGUGCUACGUGCCUGCAACUAAUCAGUGGCAGAUGAAGGCACCCCUGGAGGUGCCCCGGUGCUGCCAUGCCAGUGCCGUGGUGGAUGGUAGGAUCCUGGUCACGGGAGGGUACAUUAAUAAUGCUUACUCUCGUUCGGUGUGCAUGUAUGACCCCAGCAAUGAUAGCUGGCAGGAUAAGUCCAGCCUUAGCACCCCUCGGGGGUGGCACUGUGCCGUGUCCCUGCUGGAGAGGGUCUAUGUCAUGGGUGGGUCACAGCUGGGGGGGAGAGGGGAAAGGAUCGACGUCCUUCCUGUGGAGUGUUACAGCCCUUACACGGGGCAGUGGAGUUAUGUGGCACCCCUUCAAACUGGAGUUAGCACAGCCGGCGCUUCAAUGCUGGAUGGGAAAAUUUACUUAGUGGGGGGCUGGAAUGAGGUAGAGAAAAAAUAUAAGAAGUGUAUUCAGUGCUAUAACCCAGAUCUCAAUGAGUGGACGGAGGAAGACGAGCUGCCUGAAGCCACUGUGGGAGUAUCCUGUUGUACUAUAUCCAUGCCCAACACCAAGACAAGGGAGUCCAGAGCAAGCUCAGUCUCUUCUGUACCAGUCAGUAUUUAAAUCUUGGUCAAACCAGCAACCAGUACAAAUGUUUACCAGCAUAGCAGUAUAAUUAACCCUUUAAGUAGCAUUUAUGAGCUUAUACAGAAAAAAAAACCAAUUGACUUUGCAACAGUAUUAACACUGCAAAUUUGCCAGUUUUCAUGACCUUCAGGACAUGUGCUGUAAAACAACCUAUUAGGGAAAAGAUCAAUUUACUUAGCAGGAAGAGAGUUAAGCCAUAACUGCAGAGAGAAUUUCAUUCUGCUCCUGACUUUGCCACUGACUCACUGGGUAAUCUGUGGCAAAUCACACUUUCUUUGUGCCUUGAUUUCCUUAACCUGUAAAAUAGAGAUAAAUUUGCUUCAGAAGAUUGUUGUGAGGCUUUUUUUAAUACUGAGUUUCAAAUGCUUUCUGAACUCAAAAUGAAAGUCAAAUGUUGGUAGCAAUAAAUCUCAACAGAAAUUAGAAAUGUGCCAUGUCAACAUAAAAUUGGUCAGUUUUGUUAUUUUUUAAGCUUUUUAUAUUUUGAGAAACAAAAAAAAAAAAAACAAAAAAAAAAGAAAAAAGGAAAAAAAAAACAAAAAAACUGCAUAUAGCAUGUGCAUACUUUACUUUUUGGAGCACUGAUAUUCACAGAAAAUUUGUCAAAACUUUUUCUUCUUCAGAAGCUAGUAAGAGAUCCCUAUCUUCUGCAUGAGAGCCUUUAAUUCUCUUAUCUGAUGCUGUGACAUGGCUUUCAAGACCAGAAUCCACAAAAUACAUGAGCUUCUGUAAGCAUUAUGUCCAGCCCCGAGGUCUUCCUUGGGUGCUACGUUGCUCUCCUGGCCUCCAUGUGUACACCGUGGAGCAGACAAACACCUCCUCCUCCUCCUCAUGCCAGGGAGACUCUCCUGUUGCUCCGGAUGGAAGACAUGAAGGCCAUCCAGUGUGUCUCCUUUUCCCCUAUUCUACCCCACCUUUGUAGAAAUGUGCCUCUGGGUUGUCUUCUCUUGUGAGAAGGCCCAUGCCAGAAGCCAGGAGGUGCCACAACAGGGACAAAAUCUGGAAACUGAGUUCAUGCCAGGAGGCACCGAGGGCUACAUGGUAUCUCAGGAUGGAGAAAGUGCAUGGAGCAUCUCUCCUACUCUACUGUUCUGAAAAAGAAAAUUUCCCUGUGAGGUGAUGAACAAAGAUUAAAUGAAGACUGCUUUUAAGCGUAGGAUAGAUGUGUGGAAAGCCAUGAAUCACGGGAAGCUGGAUGAAAUCAAUGAGACAUUCCUUAAUAGUAACCGAGAGAUCUUAACACUUUUCUUACCAGGUGUAGGCACAACAUCACACAAACAUUUUUCUUGAUGUAUCAUUAAGUAUCUCCUUUUGAAUUCUUUGCUAGAGCCCUAUUUAUGUUUUGAGGAGCUCUUAGGCACAUUUUCCAAAGGCUAGAUUAACUCAGAGUAAUUUCCAAGAACUUUUUUCCUAAUCUCAAUGGACACUGGAGGUAUUUGUGUAGUCAAAGGGAUAUGCAGCCCACAGAGUCCCUGGUGAAUUUGAUUCUAAAGGACUGCUGUCAGUAUAAUAUGCUUACAUCCUUCUGUUUGAGAAGAAGUAAAGUUAGAUAAUAAAAUGAUUUAGUAUAACAAAAAGGGUAACAAUUCACUCAACAUGUGCAACAGUUUAUUUCAUUUGCAAAAGAGAAGUGCUGUAAAAUUGCCUGUGUGUACAGACUUUGCUGAGACAAGCAUUUAAAGGACUCUCCUACUCAGUACUUUGUAGCUUUGUUACAACUCCAUACUGAGCAUGACACAGUUUGUUAGGGAUGAAGUAAUUCAUGCUGUCCUUUGCAAUUACACUGAAUGGUACUCGAUCCUGUUUUCCAAUUCUAACUAAGAAUCCACAUCUGCAUCCUGCAGACUGCAGAAAUUUAAAUCCCAAAUUCAAUUUCUGAGUAUUGCAUGCUAUUAGAAUACACUGCAUUACAAAGACCUGUAAUCAGAGUACCAGUCAGUUUGUUUUGGUUAAUUUGAUUUGCAUAUAGUUAUCCUUGUCUAAUUCAAAUGAGUAAUAAUUCAAAUCCAGUCGCAGAAGAAAGCAUGGCAUUGUGUAACAGAGUAGGAUUACUGUGUUUUAAACACAGAUAUACUGGUCCUGCCCCCUCUAGUCAAAAACAUUCUAAUGGAUGAGAGCAACAUUUCUCCUUUCUCAAAGUCAUGAUCUCGUGUUCCAUAUGAAAGUAUUUAAGAUGCUCUUUGAAAAAUCCUUCUGCUCCAAUAAUUUUUUUGCCAAAUUGUAAUACUAUAACUAUAGUUGCUUAGACAUCCAGAUCAAUGAAGAGACAAAUUCAUUUAUAUCUGUAUAUAUAUGCUAGUUUUUUCAUGCUUCUACGGUACCCAUUAAGAAGGUAUUUAAGAACUGAAUAAAUAAUCAUUUUGUCUCAGAUAAAUAUGGGAUAAAAUUCUGUCAUGCAAGCAUCUCUUUUUUCCCUUUAGGAACUCAGGUCCCAAAUGAUGUUAGUAGUCAGAUGUUGCUGCAUGUUUUUCUCUUUUGUGAACCGACGCUUUCUGUACUUCAACACCAAUCUUCUGGUCUUGGAUAUAAACUUAUUUGUGAAUGAUGGGCUAAGUGCAAUGAAACCACUCUCGUACUACUUAAAGGGUUAAAAACACUGGGGGCCAAAUCCUUUUCAUCUUACUCACAAAAAAAAAGUUCCAUUGACUUCACUGGGACUAUUGAAUAAGAUGUAUAGGAUUUAAAACUCUUGGCCAAAUUCUGGCAGAACAAUACAUAUAGAUGCCUGCAAAACUGUCAUAUCCAGAGGGAAGAUUGACCUCUCAGCCCUCACCGCCCUUGGCCACAGUAAAUCUAUAGGGAAGUGUCCUAGGACAGGAGUCAAGCACCGCUGGCCACGUGUUUCUUCCAUUGCACAAACCAGGUACAUACCAUAGGCAAAGAAUCUUAGGUAGAUGAAUAAAAGACACUGUUGUCAUUAUGGCACUUGAGUGUGGCUUUGUAUUUUCAUUGUUUUCUGUAAACAUCUGUUUAGGCUUCAACUGCACAUUGAGCCAGGAUUUGGUCCUUAGUAUGUGACAGUAUCAGCUGAACUUAAUAUUUUUCUGAUCAUACCAACGUACUGAGCUAAUUGUGACAUUUUUAUGUACAAUCUCAUUUUGUUAGAACUGUAAGAAGUGGUUUGUAUGUUACGUGUUAUGGGACGGUGUUCUUUCAUUGUUCGGUACCAUAUUUUCAAUCUCCAAAUAUUUAAUAAGAAAAUCUCAGUUGAAUUUGAAAUAUUGUGUAUCCCAAAAAGAAAACCUUAAAUGCAGUUUAGGAAGUACUGUUUACAGUGAUAUUAAGUAUGGUAGAACUUCCGACUAUACGAGACACAGGUUGCUAAAACACUACAGGGAUCUUCUUUAAUGCUAUAGUAAUGGUAUAUAUAGUAAUGUAUGGAAGAGUGUGUUGUAAGGUUAUGAGUGAGGAGCUUACUGCUGAAAAGCAGUGCUGAAAGGGAGAUUUUGUGCAUAGUUCUUAACCACUAUGAUGAGACCAUGACCAUUCCUGAAGUUAACCUGUAAGACCAUCUGUGGAUGAGUCAAGAGUCCACUAAGCUUAAGUGCCAACUUCUAGCUGGUCAGAGAGGGGAGUGGUGAAAAUUAGCAUCAACCAAAACUACCAGGUGUUAAAAAGUGCUGUGUGUUGAGAUUUUUAAAUGGCAGUUCUUGAAGGAAAAAGUACGUGAUUAAUUAAAUGACUGAUGGCCAUCCUUUAUAUUAUUCUUAAGCCUAGAUUCACUGAUCCUACAGCUUUAACUCUUUCAAAACCCAUGAUGGGUUUGGGGGCACUUUUUGCAUAGUAACAAAAAUAAGUUUGUAGCUGCAAACCUGGCAAUCAUAAAUAUAGUUGUAUGAGUACAUAUCUCAUUUUGAAUACAGUGGGGCCUCUUAUAUAUGUGUCUAUAUAUAUAUAUGUAUGUAUUGUAUAUGUUCUCAUGCAUUAAUGUUUGGAAACAUAAAUUACAAGAACUAAAUGCAUGAGUACAUAAGAAUUAAUAUAUAAUAAAGGCCAACAUGGAGGUAUCAGGUCAACAUUCUAUAUUACCAUUCAAAUACCUACAUUGACCAUACACAGACAUGAUUUCCCCAGUGAAAUCCUGUGUAGGCUUUGCGUUUUUUUGUGCAACACACAGGACUGGAGAUGCAAGAAGAUCCAGACAGUGGAAAGCAGAAGAUGGAGCCCCUUAGCACAGUCAGGAGAUUUAGAUUUUGAUGCCAUUUCUCAAGGAUGUGUGAGAAAUACAUGCUGAAAGGAAAUAUCUGCUUCAACACACACCUUUCCACAAGCAGCUUUUGUUACAUAACUGAAAUUGGCCAACGUUUCUUAUGAAAACCAAGUUUCAGUUUUCUAUUGACUGUAAUUUCCAUUCUCAGUGGAAUAGAAUUUUCAACUUAGUGUAACCUGGGCUUACCCAAGCCAGGAAAUAUUUUUCAAGUUCUGAAUCUACCUGCUUGGAGAAUGCAGCUGAAGCCAAUAGUCCUUCAACAGUUUCCUGGCAUUUUUGCUAUGAAUCUUCUCAUCCUUUUGUCAAAGAUCUGCUUUGUGUAAUUAAUCAAAAAUAUUUUCAUGAACAGAUUUGUACUCUGAUUCCUCCAUGCAGGAGGAGAAUCUCGUCCCUUUUUAUUUUCUUUCUUUUUUUUUUUUUUUUGUCCAUUAUUGAGUGGUUCUCUCACAAGCAACCAAAGCAGCUGCUUAUGGUGCACAGAUGCAUACAGUUCAUAAAAGCUCAUCUGCGAAUCUAAUUAAAAAAACAAAACAAAGAAAACCUCUUUGCUGGUGGCUGUGGUAAAGAAAAGGUCAUAAUCUGGAAUGCCUGUUGGAAAAAGAGGGGUGAACAAUGAGUCACAGGUGCUUAUUUUUAAAAUGUGGCACUGCUAAGAGCUCUAUUCCCAGUAGUUCCCAAAAAGACAAAUGAAAAUACAUGCAAUUCUGUACAGCUUGAGUGAGAGAUUCAGAUAACAUCAGAUGUGUUUUGCCAUGCAAAAUACUGGUGUGUUCAUUGGUUUCUCAAUGGAAAUUAAAUUUUCAGUAAAAAUCUAGACAGUAAAUUUACAAGGAAUACAUCAUAAAUCUCAGUUGGUAAGAAUGGGAGCACACACUUUUAGAUACACUGGGUGUUACACUGGCUGCUGCCUUGGCAGUUUUGUUGUCAACAAGUUAAAAAAGAUAAUUUAUUUGUGUAAAACAUUUCCCUGGCUUGUAAGUGUUAGACAUACUGCUAUACAAAUAGGUUUUCUAAUUAUACACUGUAAGGAUGAACUGUGAUAACACAUGGGAACAUAUUUCAACAGAAAAAUCUAUAUAUGUAAUGUGAGAAUGUUACUACUUAAAAAUUAAAAUGUGUGGUGCAGCAGUUGUUAAGUGGAAUAAAACAGCAUGUCAGUAUUUUUCAUUGUAUGCUUCAAAUAAAACUGUUGACACAUAGAAUGAAUUAA